AUGCCUAUUGAUUCUAGGGUGCGCAAUUUGGGAGUUUCUUUAGUAAGCAGAUGCAAUCUCUACUUGGAAGAGGAAGAGAAUUUUGCUCAUAUCUUUAAUGAUUGUAAUUUUGCUAAGGCUCUCUCUAUUAAGCCUAAGAGUGCUGAUGAUUUCAAAGGGAAGGAGAUGCUUACUGAUCUGAGAAUUAGUUCUGCACAUGUUGUUAUGACGAAGGCUAUGUGGAUCAAAAACCCAGAAGGUAAUGUUGUUGCAGCUACAGCUGCAUUUUAUAACAGAGAUGGUUUUGGGAAAGGCAACUAUUCCUUGGAGGUGGCUGUGUUGACUUUGCUGCCUCUAGUCAUUACCUAUGGCUGGGAAGUUGGUGCUACACUAAGAUCAGAGUUCAUUGCCAAUUCUGAGGAAGAAGAAGCUACUGGUGUUGAAGAUGGAAGGUGGAUUUAUGGCUUCUUGAAGGAUUAA